AGUUGUAUUUAUUACGCAUACGUGGGGCAGAGUAUACACAAGCGUUUAAUUUGAGUGACAUUUUAGACUGGAAAGUGUAGGAUAUUAAUUUCUGAAUAUACGUUCGGAUUUUAAACACUGAGAUAUGAGAUCCUAUCCCAAGGGAGCUUUAGGCUUUCUACUUAUUGCUGGAUGCAUAUGCUACGUACAGGGUGAAUCUCGUGUAAAACGCGGAAUACCUGGCGUACCUAUCACUGGAGACGGAAAUGAUUAUUUAGGAAAUGUUACCGUAAGACAGCAGCAACCGAACUCGUCCGUUUACAUUUCAUGCGAUGUUUUGAAUAAGAUCGUCGUAAACAGCACUUAUCUGACAUCGGUGAAAGUGGCCACCGUUGGAACAUUGGCCUUCGUUUAUUCUAAUGGAUCAGUAAUAAAUGAAGAUUGUAGGCAGGCUGAGGCUAACGGUGGAUAUACUUUUCAAAUGACAAAAUUCGCACAGUGUGCAUCUUCUGUUUCGACUAACGGAAACGAGUUGUCAGUACAAUACCACCUAUGCGUGGUACCUGCAGCGCCAACUGGCGGCGUAGUUAUUUCAAGAGACACAUCUACACUUUUUAAGUUCACGUGUAAUUAUAAAAGAGAAGUGGUGGCAAAUAUGACUCAUAUUAGACCUGUAAUUGCCAAACUGAGAGGGACGCCGGUUAGUAAGAACGGCGUAUUUUCAGUCGUUAUGGGAAGGUACACCGAUGGCCAGUACACCACUGUACAAACUUCUCCUGAUAUUAUUGUUCCUAACCGACUGUUCAUGAAAGUUAAUUUGGACAAAUCGACUUCUUCGUCUCUGAUUGUGCAGAUGUUGACAUGCUGGGCGACUCCUUCGGCCAACAGUAAUAAUGCUUCGAAAUUCUAUAUCAUAGAAAAUGGAUGUCCUGCAUAUGAUCCGUGGGACCCGAUGUCCAACAUGGUGACACAGAAUUAUAAUUCGACAAGCGGGAAAUUUUCUUUCCUUUCUUUUGUGUGGCGUCUUGCUGCUGGCGCACAACAGCGAAUUUUCGUGCACUGCGAAAUUGAAGUAUGCGAAAACUCACUACCGAAUUCGCAAUGCACAAUGAAGCCUAACUGCACAGCUGGUAACAAUACUGGGCUAAACGGUCGCCGUCGACGUUCUAAAGGAUCUGAAAACAAGCAUUUAGUUUCCGCAGGACCUUUCCAUAUGAAACAAAAAGGCUGCGACAAGGUUGCACUGGGCUGUUCGCACGCAUGCGCAGUUAACAGUUUAUCAAAAGCUAUUUGUACCUGUCCCGUUGGUUGGGCGUUAACUGGUGACUCGAGAACAUGUGCUGAAACAUUUGCUGGAGAGGACAACAUAAUGCAGGCACCACGUAUAAUCUAUGUUACUGAAAAACGAGCACAGUGUAUUGGCAUGUUGAUUCUAUUACUCAUCGCUUCUGUGACCGUUAUUGGCCUUGUCUCGUUAAAGCCUAAGAAAUUAAGUAUCUCAUCUGAGAAUUGUGCUGAAGGAUAAAAAGCCUACUGAUGUAACCAAUACAAUACAAAUGGAUUGUAGAGUAGGGUGGGGAAGAUGGGACACCUUUUCAUUCUAUUUUCUCGUCAAAAAAAAAAAAUUCAAAGGAAUAUACAACCUUAUUCUCACGACUGCCAUAAACUGGUGUUAAUUGUUAAGAACACAGUCAGGAUAUUUGGAUAUUAUGUGCUAAAGUUGUCCCAUCUUGCCCCACACUACUAUACAUUAUUACAGCAUAUUUGCAGAUAGUUUAAAUGUCAGUGUACGGAUAUUUUCGAGUAUUUUUAUCGCGAUACAAUAUAAAAAUAUGUUACCCAGA